UUCACCUCAACCCUAUUUAGAUUUUAGGGUUUCAAUUUUCUGUGUAGGGUUUCUGCGAAGAGUAAAGCGUUGAGCAGCAGAGCAACAGAGCAACAGCCAUGGUUCUCAAGACUGAACUCUGCCGCUUCAGCGGUGCCAAGAUAUACCCUGGUAGGGGUAUCAGAUUUAUCAGAUCAGAUUCUCAGGUUUUCCUGUUUGCCAACUCAAAAUGCAAGAGGUACUUCCACAACCGCUUGAAGCCUUCAAAGCUUACCUGGACAGCUAUGUACAGAAAGCAACAUAAAAAGGACAUAGCGGCCGAGACUGUGAAGAAGAGGCGUCGUGCCACCAAGAAGCCAUACUCUAGGUCCAUAGUUGGAGCUACCUUGGAAAUUAUCCAGAAAAAGAGAGCUGAAAAACCAGAAGUACGAGAUGCAGCACGGGAAGCUGCUCUCCGUGAAAUUAAGGAGCGUAUAAAAAAAACUAAGGAUGAGAAGAAGGCGAAGAAGGCAGAAACAGUGUCCAAGACUCAGAAGAGUCAGAGCAAGGGAAACCUGCCCAAGGGUGCUGCGCCAAAGGGCCCUAAAUUGGGAGGUGGUGGUGGAAAGCGCUGAGCAGCCACCUUAGACUAGUGAAAUGUUCUGUCUUGGGUUUUGUUUUGGCUUUAUAGCUUUCUUUAAUUACAAGUGAACUUGAUCAGAUUUUAUUUGUAUUUAAGGCAUUAAGCAUUGGUUAGAACCAUUGAUAUUGCUUAAUUGUGUUUUAUUUCCUGGUGAAUGAUGUGAUCGUUUUGAUGAUAAGUCUUGUAAAACUUGAAGCUUCUUUUUC